CAAGCGGUUUCAGUUUAUUCCGAAGUUCAAACUCCCAUCUAUGAGGUCGGAAGCUAGUGAAAAGAUCGAGAAAGAAGGAGCGUAGGAGCGUAGGGAGGGAUACUUUCGAAGGAAUCCGCCUACAUCACCACUUUGGUAUGGAAACUCUACCUUAGAAGCAUAAGUGGAAAAAUUCAAACUUACCGGUAUCUAACCAUGAGAACAUGAGUUCCCGGUCGGUCGAUGAUACCUAUGAGGAAGGAGUAUUUAAACCCCGAGUUGAGUUAUUCGUUAUCGUUCUUCCUUCUUUGAGUGUUGAGUUCGGACGAGGAAAGCAAUAAGAAGGAAAGAAUCAUAACUAUACACGCCCAGCUUCUCUGGCAAAUAGAAUCAUACGUCCCGUAUCGAACUCAGGAAGGGAAUCAAUGGGAAUCUAAAAUGAACUUUAGAGCUGCUGCAAGGAAUUAGCAGGAACCAGCAAGGAAAAAGGAAUACAACUGAGCAAUCCAACUGGUAUUGAACCGGAUACCAUAAAGAGUUCAAGUUCGAUCCAUUAGCGCCCAGAGGCAGCGCACGCCCGACAAAAAUCCUUCACAUUUGUCGUAAUGGUAGGCCACCGGAGUCCUGCCAAUAGAAUCUUUCUUACUGUGACUUCAGGCUCCUCUUCUAUAUUGUUGCAAUAAGCUGGGCUAUCUCUUGCUUCAAUUUGCAGCGGUUGCAAGUCAACCCCACAGUCUAUCUUAGUCAUUGAGGCUAAAGUGGGCAGAGCAUCUGAAAAUUUCUCCAAUUGCUGGGAGAGAGAUUUCUGAUAAGGGAUCAGACCAUUCCUGGUGUUCGAACUAGUCAUUAAUGGUCGGCUUAAUUCGUAUCCUUUCGGUAUGUGUUGUGAACACUUUCAUUUUGAGCCUCUCAUCUUCUCUAGAGAAGCAAAACUCUAACGGAUAGAACAGAUGGUCCAACUACAACACUUUUUCUUUUUAAUUACUUCCAUGGUCGUGCCUCGUGGCACGGCAGCACCCGUACUAUUGAAAUGGUUCGUCAGUAGAGAUGUUCCCACAGGUGCCCCUUUUUCCAAUGGUACUCUAAUUCCUAUUCCUAUCCCUGAAUUCCCUCUUUUGGUCUAUCUACAUUCAAGGAAAUUCAUACGCUCCACAGACGGAGCAAAAAGUAGAGUCUUGGUCAGAGCAAGCCGUCCUAUUCUAUUACCAGACAUAAUUGGGAGAAGCUCAUCCGAAACUAGAGCUAGAAAGGCCCUAUUUCGUUUCGUUCCCGUUCUUCAUUUCCUUCUUCUCGAAUCCAAGGGGGACUUACCAUAUUUAGAAUCUUUCUGCGGUGUGCUCCGUUUACUAUUCUUUCGUACUUUCUUCUUUGUACCACGCGAUAGGUCAGCGAAGCGUGAGCGGGCGCGGAGAAGGAAAGGCCAGGAACUUCGGACUAACGGGAAUGAGCAACGACGAAAUGAGAAGAUGAGGUGCCCCGGGCACCCCCAUUUAGAAAGAAGGGUCGAAGCUUUUCGGCCUGUAGCUUUCCCCGUCCCCCCUUUGUCGGGGGGUGCUUGUGGGGGGGAUGCGCCACCAGAAAUCGGGCUUGAAGCUCUCACCUUACCAACAAGCCGACAGCUGAUUUAUGUUGGUCACGACGACUACCAAAAAGCUCCAAUGAAGAUGAAUAUUUCACAUGGAGGAGUGUGCAUCUUUAUGUUGGGUGUUUUUCUGUCGUGCGACCCGGCGGCUUAUGUGCGACCUGUGGCCCACGCCUCCUAUUUGUUCAGGGCGGGCGGCGUGAACUCUGAUUCGAGGAGGGUAUUCAAUCCCGCCGCUGAGAUGCUCAGUUGA